AUGGAUUCUAAAUCAAUUUAUAUAGGAACAGAUAAUUCAACAUUAUAUAGAGUUGUUGUUUCAUAUUCAGGUGAAUAUAUUAUUCCUAGUUAUGUAACAAAAAUUUCUGAAUAUUGCUUUUAUAAUUGUGUCAACAUUUCGUUUAUUCAAACUAAUAAUAGCAUAACAUAUAUUGGAGAAUAUGCAUUUUCUGGAUGUACAUCAUUAACAAAUUUUACAAUUCCACCAAGAGUAACAAUAAUUUCAUCUGGAACAUUUGAAAAUUGCAAAAAUCUAACAAAUGUCAUCAUCACAAGAAAUAUAAUAAUUAUUGAAAAUGAAGCAUUUUAUGGGUGUUUAUCAUUAACAAAUGUUAUCAUUACAGGAAAUAUAGGUACUAUUGAAGAUGGUGCAUUUUUUGAUUGUGAAUCAUUAACAAAUAUUACAAUUCCAUCAAGAGUAACAAAAAUUUCAUCUUUUACAUUUUAUAAUUGCAAAAAUCUAACAAAUGUUAUCAUCACAGGAAGUUUAACAUCUAUUGAACAUAAUGCAUUUUCUGGCUGUACAUCAUUAAGAAAUAUUAUCAUUCCAGAAAGUGUAGAAUCAAUUGAAUAUAGUGCAUUUUCUGGUUGUGAAUCAUUAAGAAAUAUUAUCAUUCCAGAAAGUGUAAAAUCAAUUGAACAGUAUGCAUUUUCUGGUUGUGCAUCAUUAACAAAUAUUACAAUUCCACCAAAAGUAACAGAAAUUUCAUAUGGUACAUUUUCAAAUUGCAAAAAUCUAACAAAUAUUAUCAUCACAGGAAAUAUAACAUCUAUUGAAUAUAGUGCAUUUUCUGAUUGCUCAUCAUUAACAAAUAUUAUCAUUCCAGAAAGUGUAAAAUCAAUUGAACAGUAUGCAUUUUCUGAUUGUGAAUUAACAAAUAUUACAAUUCCACCAAAAGUAACAGAAAUUUCAUAUGGUACAUUUUCAAAUUGCAAAAAUCUAACAAAUAUUAUCAUUCCAGAAAGUGUAGAAUCAAUUAGGUGGUAUGCAUUUUCUGGCUGUACAUCAUUAACAAAUAUUACAAUACCUGCUAAAUUAAUAAAUAUUUUAACUUCUAGAUUUUCCAAUUUAAAAUAUAUAACAAUCACCGGAAAUUUUGAAUCUAUUGAAAAUGGAACAUUUUCUGGCUGGAAUUCAUUAAUUCUAGUUAAAAUCACUGGAAGUGUCUUAUUAAUUAAAGAAAAGGCAUUUUAUGAUUGUAAAUCAUUAAAAGAGUUUGCCAUUCCAAAUUGUGUAGAAAUUCUUGAAUCUAGUUCAUUUGAAAAUUGUGCAUCAUUAACAAGUAUUACAAUUCCCCCAAAAGUAACAAAAAUUUCUUCAUCCACUUUUUCAAAUUGCAAAAACUUAGAAAAUGUUAUCAUCACAGGAAACUUAACAUCUAUUGGAUAUAAUGCAUUUUCUGGCUGUAUAUCAUUAACAAAUAUUAUCCUUCCGGAAAGUAUAGAAUCAAUUGAAUCCAUUGCAUUUUAUGAUUGUAUAUCAUUAACAAAUAUUACUAUUCCGUCUAAAAUAAAACAUAUUGGAUCUUAUGCAUUUCAAAACUGUAUAAAUCUGAAAAAUAUUACAUUCUUAAACAAUACUAAUUCAAUAAGAUUUGGUCAAAAUAUAUUUUAUGGAAUCGAAAAUCAAAUGAAUAUAUUUAUUACAGGUAAUUUUAAUAUUUCUUCGGACUCUGAUGAAAUUAUUCCAAAAAGAAGUCAUUUAUUUAUUACAAAUGGAACAACUUUAUCAGAAUCGUGUAAAUCAGUAUUUGGAAAAAAGUCAGUUUAUGUUCAUUAUGAUAAUGCAUUUGAUAUUUCAGAUCAAAUGACUAAAGAUGUCAUUAAAUAUAUAUCUAUUCCACUUGAAAUUCAAAGAUCUAAAGAUGAUCUUGUGUACUUUCAAACUAAGUGUAUUCAUUUAGUUAGUCUAAUUCAUAGCAUUAAAAGUUAA